AUGAAAAAGUUAUCGAACUAUGUAAAAAAAGUCGAUGUUGCAAUGCCUGAUUCCUUGAAAUUAAAAUAUUUGAUGGCUGGAAUCAAGGAAUCAUUGAAAAUACAUGUUGCAUUACAAGAUCCGAAAUCAACUGAAGCAUUUUUAUCAUUAGCACGAAAAGUUGAAGAUAUUUUUGCACUUAAACACGCCGAUCAGGAUACUAUUGUAAAUUAUACUUAUUUGAACGCAACUAGUUAUCAAAGUCAACCAAAUCAAACGAACUUCACACCAACGUCGAGCAAUAAUUUCCAUCGAAUCAAUCCUCGACAUCCAACGGUAUUAAAUAAUCGUCCGAUGUAUAAUCGAAACACAUCAAGUGCAUACAAUGGUAACCGGCAAAACAAAUCUUCGAAGUAUACAAGGUCAACACAACGAUCGAAUGCAUGUUUUAACUGCGCACCGGCCGAUGGUGUUGCUUCCACGAAUUUAUAUAGCAAUCCAUCGACGUUAAACACAUCAUUGCUUUACCUUGAUGUUCUUGUAAAUAAUAAACAAAGGAAAGCAAUGAUUGAUACUGGCGCAAGCCGAACAUUUAUUUCAUUACAAGCACUACCUAGACCACACACUCAACAAUUUAUCGAUAAACAACAGAGACGUGCAUCUUUAGCUGACGGACACACAUCACUUUCUAUUUUAGGCACAUUAGAAUUAUGCAUUGAUAUCGGUGACAUGUCAACAAUUAUCAAAGGAUAUGUUGUGAAGGAAGUAUGUGCCAAAUACAUAUUAGGAAUGGAUCUCAUUAGUAAAUAUAAAAUCAUUAUCAAUGCUGAUGAACGAACAGUGACAAUGCAUGAUGAUGAUAGAUGCAUUACAACGACAUUUGAUGUCUAUGUUCCGCCGAAACGAACAGUCUCAAUACCAGUCAACGUGAAAAUAUCACCAGCCAAAGUUUCAUUUCGGCCAUCUUUUCGAUUGGCGCGACAAUCACCAAUGAUAUUGGUAAACAACAUGGUCGUGGUGAAUCACCAAAAGUCACACAUUUCACUUUACAACCCGACUAAAUAUUCGUGCACAAUACCAGAGGACAUCGUAAUAGGAACGACCAUAGUUCCAACAUUAUCUUUCAACAAAUGUUUAUCGAUCGAUCAGGAAUUAGUCAACGGAUAUAUUACAAAGUUGACUCGACACGUCGCAGAUCCGAAACAAGCAGAUGAAAUUACGAAUAUCCUUCACCACCAUGAGAANUUUCGGUUUUACGGUCCAACAUGCGAUAGUCAAGAUGUAAUGGAGGGACCAUUUGAAUUGCCGGAUGAUAUUGAAGUCGAUGACUAUAUCGAAGUAGGUGAAAUAGGUGCUUAUAGUAUAGCGUUAAAGUCGCAAUUUAAUGGAUUUGGUGAAAAUAUGAUUGCUUUCGUCAGUGACGAUCCUCUCAAAGUUGUCCCAAGUGAUGAAAAUACAAACAAGCAAUAA